AUGGCUGGCCUUGAAUCGCAAAAUUCGGUGAAGCCUGGCCUCCCUUGUGCUAGGAAAACAUAUGUAAUAUGUUGGCUCAACUUGUGUUUAGGACUGCUCUUGGGCUUUAUAAGUAAGCGUGGGUGUGGCCAGGCUGUGGCCAAGGCAUCAUGCCUCUGUCCUGAGGUGAAAGCCUGGCUUAGACUGGGUGGCGCUUUGGAUGGUUCUCGCAAAGAGCUGACUGAUCAUAAAGGAAAGGCACAAUCUUCUAAUGAGCAUAUUCCUGAAGAUUUAAUGGCAUGUGGAAGGUUGAAUAAUGCAAAGGAAUCUGAUAAAGUGCUUCCAGUUUCUGGGGGAAGAAUCUUGGAUGAAAACUUUCUCUCCAGAGAAGCUGAUAAACUGAAAAUGAUGGAGGACAGAAGUGGUCCACCUUCUGACCCCUCGUUGCUUGCAGAUGAAAGGAAAUAUCUACACUCCACUAGAAAAGGGGAUGCUGAUAUACAAAGCCAGGAAGCGGUGGAAUCACAGGCAUUUUUAACCACUGCAAUGCAGCAGCCUGAUUCAGCAGGGGGUGGUUUACCCUUGAGUAACCCUGUGGACGGCAUGGAGAAUGCCUUUCUGCAAGUUGGAAAAACUAACCAUGCAUCUUCAGGAACAUUCGUAAAUAAGCAGGCAAAUGCCGAGGCAGUUAGCUGGACUAGAAUUGGUGGUCAAUCCCUACCAUUUGGCUCCGUUCAGCUUGGAUUAGCUCCAGAUAGAAAAGAUAAUGCUCCUAGUCAGUUUCACAAUCUUGGCAACGAUCAGAUUGACAAUGACCACCACAUUGUGGCUCUAAUGAAGGAUGCAGUUGCAAUUAUAAACAGUUAUGAUUCAAAGCUAUCUGAAUUUCAAACAAGAUAUGCUCCAGAUGGGUGCAAGGCUGUUCCAGUUGAUGUUUCAUUAAGAAAUGAUGUCUCUUUUACAACAGAACAAGAUGAUGAGGAUAAGUCAGCUUCUACUGACUCACCACCUUCUCCAAAGUACACCAUGUCAGAGAAAUGGAUUAUGGAUCAGCAGAGGAAGAAACUUUUGACUGAGCAAAAUUGGCUUCUAAAACAGCAGAAAACAAAACAAAGAAUUGCCAUUUGUUUUGAGAAGUUAAAGGAAACUGUUAGCUCAUCUGAAGACAUAUCUGCAAAAACCAAAAGUGUGAUAGAAUUGAAAAAGCUUCAGCUCUUGGAUCUUCAACGCCGUCUAAGGAGGUGA